AUGCAUCUAGGCUACUUCAAUUGCCAUACUAACGCAGAAUCUGUGAGAGUAAUCACCACUGAUGCUCGAUUGUUUGAAGGGAUUCUUGAAGGGUUUGAUAAUUCCACAAAUAUCAUCCUCUCGUCAUGUUAUGAACAUAUAAUAUACGAAGAGGAAGAUGAGGAGAACCAAGCUAUACCGUUGGGCGUUUACUUUAUGAGAGGUGGAAACGUGGUAUGUAUAGGAGAGACCAGUGGUGAUGUUGAUUUUACAAAAAUGAAAGGUACGCUAAAAGGAACAAAAAACCCAUUAUAA